AUGGGAACAGUAUGUAACAAGACCACCCUGCUUAAUGAGGAGGAAGAGAAAAGGAAGAAAGAGGAGGAAGAGAAAAGGAAGAAAGAGGAGGAAGAGAAAAGGAAGAAAGAGGAGGAAGAGAAAAGGAAGAAAGAGGAAGAGGAGAAAAGGAAGAGAGAAGUGGUAGGGAAAAGGAAGAAAGAGGCUGAGAAAAGGGAGGAAGAAGAGAAAAAGAAAAGAAAAAGGGAAGAGGCCGUGAAAAGAAAGGAGAUAGUGAAAAAGGAGCAGUUAGAGAAGAGAAAGGAGAAAGAAAAGAGAAAGAACCGCAAAAAGAAAAAACAUCAAGAGAAGGAAGCAAGGUGUGAGAAGAAAAAGAAGUCAGGCUGUGAAGCCAAGUCGCCAUCAAAACGAUGUGUGGUAGAUGCAGAUUCUGGGGAUGAAACAGAACCAGUCAUCAAGAGAAUCAGUGGGCUAAAGAAAUGCAAGCAUCCCUUCAAAAGAAUACGUGUGGUCCCUCCAAUAUCUGAUGAGUCAGAUGAUGAACCUUCACCAAACCAAGAUCUGCGUGUGCCGCCAAUUGGGCAGCUGACUCCUCCCCAAACACCUGAGGAUGCCCGUAUUCCACCUCUUGAGGUCAAAUAUGAACAAGGAUCAAAAUCACCAAUCCAGGCUUUAUUGACUACCAGCCUUCCUUCCUGGGUUCCUUCCAUUGAAGAGGAGCUUGAGAGGCUCCAUGGAGACACAGAUCUCGAUGUGGAUUGUGAACAGAGGCAUGGUGUUGUGACAGAUGCAGAAGCAACAGUUCCAUCAGACACUAAGACAGAAGAAGAAAGUGGUAAGAUGAUAGAAGAUGAGAGGGAGACAGUCUUCACAGAAACUCUGUCAUCUGUGACUACGACUGAAGUGCCAGAAACUGUCCUGCCAUCUGUGACCAUGGCAGAAGUGCCAGAAACUGUCCUGCCAUCUGUGACCACGACUGAAGUGCCAGAAGAAACCAUUUGUGAUGUCAAACCAUCUUUGAAAGAAGUACAAGUUUCCUCUGGUCCACAGCUUAAUGAAGUAUGUCCUCAAGCAUCACCUUCUGUGACCUCACAGCCCCUUAUCCCUCCCAAGCAAGAGGUGAAAGACAGCAUGGAUUCAACCUCCAUUCAGGGAACUUGUACUUCCCUCACCACUGAAGCUCUCACCAAUGCUCCCAAGAAGGAGCGCUUGGAGACUUCUGGAAUAUUGCAACAAGUAGCCUUCCCCAGAACUCACAACGAUGACGAUGAGAUACAAUUCAUCGGGAUUGUUGAUAAGGAAAAGAAACCUUUAACAGCCAAGGAAUCCAUCAUGCUGCAGAUCAUGCAUUUACCUCCAGAAGAAAGGGAGGAGAUCAUGAUGGAACUGAAACAAGAGCCUGCUGUGACACACCGAGUUACUUCCUCUCCAGGAACAUCGACUGUGCGGAUUCUGAAAAGUCCACCUGGCAUGCCAGGGAUGAUACCAAUAAAGUCUAUCAAACAAUCCGUAAUCUGCUCAAAUGAUCAGCUUGUGCAACAUGAGAGGCCUCCACCAGAUGCUGCCAUACAGAUACAGCCCAUGUCUUCAUGGACAUUGUCAAACUUUAUCUCUUCUCCAGCUCCUCGACACGAAAGCAUUAUCUACCACGUACCUGCCGGUGGAGUAUCCAUAACUGGACAUGAUUAUCACCCAUACCAGCCUAGUGAACAAAAUAUUGGCCAGCCCCAACCAUCUCCACACCCUGGUAUUCAUCUGGCUGAAGUUCCAGCAGAACCACUCCCACUGGUAAAGCAUCAAAUUCCUCAAGAUUUACUUACUACUUAA